AUGCUCCCCGUCAACUGCCUCCCUCGCGAGCUCCUCAUUAAAAUCUUUGCCUUAAUUCCGAACUUGCCGUCAGUACUUUGGCCGUGCUCUGUUGAACCUUUCGACUGGCGGACGGAUCUUAUGCUCGUGUGUCGCGAGUGGAGGGAUUUGGUGGCGGGCACCCCGAAGUUUUGGUCACUGCUGUACGUCCAACCAUCCACGCCCAUAGAGCACCUCUCCUGCUGGAUCUCCCACUGCGCCGAUGCGCCGCUCGACGUGUACCUUGGCGGCCGGUUUGGCCCACGAAACCCUUGGGAAGUCCCGUUAAUGCCGCUUGUUGUGGCGCAGUCCCACCGGAUCCGCAAAAUAGUUAUUCCCAACACGUCAGGGCCCGUUGUAGAAAUCCUCUUCCAGCGCACCUCUUGGUCGCUGCUGACCCACAUGCACCUUGACGUUCCUGGAGGUGUUGACGGCCCACGCAUCUCUGGAACGGAGUUCAUCUUCGACCUCCCUCAGUGUUUCCCCAAGCUCAGCCAUCUUUCCCUCGCAGGCUCUCUUCCCUUCGUCAACCCCCAGUUGCUUCGCACCAUCAAGUCGCUCAAGGUCGCGCCUGCCACUCUCUACCGAUCGCCCUGGACGUCAACCCUCGGAAAAUUCUUCGCCUCGCACGUUCAAGAGCCGUUCCUACGGCUGACAUCGCUCACGAUCAGAGCGCCCUCGGACCACCUCGAGAAAGCAGUCAACGGGAUUAUGGACGCACCACUCUUCGGCGGCGGACUCAAACUCCCCUGCUUGACCUAUCUCAAGAUCUUCAGUUCGUGCCCGCUCAAACUUGCCCCGCUCAUACGACAAGUCCUCUCUUCGAAGAGGAUCAAGGUGUACGUCGUAGUCCCAAGAUGGCAAGACCUUUUCCCCCCAAUCCAACCCCAAGCGCGACCUCGGAGCCUCUUGGACGCGCUUCUCGGUGACGAGAGCGUCAUGGGCCCUCCUCCCCUCUCCCUCUCCCCCCUCCACUCCACAAAGGUGUGUCUCGAGCAAACCGGCGUCGCCUUCUACGGCCGUCGGUGCCCGUCAACAAACGAGCCGACGUUCACUCUGCGCGUCAGCGCACACGACCAGCUCGAGCCUCACUACUCCCUCACCGACGCACUCCACGACGCCCCUCGCCUCUUCUGCGGUACGGCGCCCGACCACCUGUACGUGUUCUCCACGCACACGAAGCAGGCCGCGACGGUCGCGAGCUGGCGCGCGCUCUUUCGCGGGCUCCGCGGGCUCAAGGAGCUGCGCGUCCACGCCCACAUCGACGUCAGCCCGCUCUUCGACGCGCUGCGCCCGGGUGCGCCGCCUGUCGGCGCCGCGACGGGCGGUGCAGGAGCACUGGGCGACGGCGCGGAGGACUCCGAGGAGCGCUUAGGCGCGAACCUGGGCAAGGUCACCGUCGGAGAUGCCAAGGACGUGGUCUUGAGCAUCCAGGGUGGGGAGGUGUUGCACCCGCUGGUGUCAAAGGAGCUGCUGGCGGCGGUGGUCGACUGCUUCGGCGCGCGGAGGCGCGAGGGCAUGUCCCAGCUCGCGCAGCUAAAGAUGCAUCUCGCGUGGCCAGUCGAGCGGUCCGAUGAGCCUGGCGCCGGGAAGGGACUUGAGGAGGGACGACGGGGGGAGGCAGGUGCACGGGAAGACGAGAACAUGCUCGCCCUGGUGGACCAAUGCGCUGCCCGUUUGGAGAAGGGACUUGUACGCGAUUUCAGUCAUUAUUCAGUGCUCCACUAA